CCUUCUUGGCAUGCAGUUUAGUUACACUAUUUACUAUUGAUCAUACACAUAUGGCUUCCAGAGAGGUUCAUCCAAUCGCCAUAGAAAUGGAUUCUGGAGAAAAGCGUCUCAAUGAGCUUGGAUACAAGCAAGAACUCAGAAGAGAAAUGAGUUUGUUUAAGACAUUCGCAAUAACUUUCUCGACCAUGGCAUUUUUUGUUGGAACUCCACUGUACGGCCCUAGCCUACUUUAUGCUGGCCCUGCAAGCUUGAUAUGGGGUUAUGUUGCUGUUACAUUCUUCACCUGGUUUGUUGGGUGCGCCAUGGCUGAGAUAUGCUCCUCGUUUCCAACUACUGGCUCCCUUUAUUUUUGGGCUGCCCAUUUGGCUGGACCCCGGUGGGGGCCAUUUGCAUCCUGGUGCUGUGCUUGGCUAGAAAUCAUUGGUCUCGUUUCUGGAAUUGGCAUACAAGCAUACUCAGGAGCACAAGCAUUGCAGAUGAUAAUUCUUUUGUCCACUGGGACAAACAAGGGUGGAGGCUACUUUGCCCCACAGAGUGUAUUUUUGUUGAUAUAUAUUUGCCUAACCAUCAUAUGGGCAGUGCUCAACUCCUUUGCAUUACAAGUCGUAGCAUUCCUCAACAUAAUUUCUGUAUGGUGGCAGGUGAUCGGCGGACUCAUAGUAAUUAUAGGUCUUCCUCUGAUAGCAAGCCCGACGCAAUCAGCAUCCUAUGUGUUCACUCACUUUGAAACAUCUCCCGAGUCAACUGGCAUACACAGUAAACCUUAUGCAGUAAUUCUGUCAGUACUUCUAAGCCAAUACUGUUUGUAUGGCUACGACACUGCAGCCCAUCUAACUGAGGAAACGAAAGGCGCAGACAGAACUGGUCCGCUGGCAAUUCUUUCCAGUAUAGGAAUCAUUUCAGCCUUUGGAUGGGCUUAUCUUUUAGCUCUUACUUUCAGCAUCCAGGAUCCAGCAUAUUUAUAUGACCCAAACAAUGAGACAGCCGGUGCACUCGUGCCAGCACAGAUAAUUUAUGAUGCAUUUUAUCGAAGGUAUCACAGUGGCACUGGAGCCAUCAUUUUCCUCUGCAUCAUUUGGGGAACCUUCUUUUUUUGUGGACUCGCAGUCGUAACUAGUGCUGCCAGAGUGGUUUAUGCUCUGUCAAGGGAUGGGGGAGUUCCAUUUUCACGUAUCUGGAUAAAAAUACAUCCAAAGCACAAGGUUCCAAUAAAUGCAGUGUGGUUGUGUGCUGUCAUUACCAUUAUCAUGGGACUUCCCAUCUUGAAACUCAAUGUGGUUUACACCGCCAUCAUUUCAAUUAGCACCAUUGGAUGGGUGGGGGGCUAUGCUGUCCCAAUUUUCGCAAGGCUGGUAAUGGAUGAGAAGAAAUUUAAGCCAGGUCCCUUCUAUUUGGGUAGAGCAAGCAGGCCAGUUUGCUUGAUAGCUUUCCUGUAUAUAUGUUAUACAUGCUCUGUCUUCUUAUUGCCAACUUUUUAUCCUCUCAAAUGGGAUACUUUCAACUAUGCACCUGUAGCCGUUUCUGCAGCAUUGACACUGAUAAUGCUCUGGUGGGUCUUGGAUGCAAGGAAAUGGUUCAAGGGACCAGUAAAGAAUAUUGACGUUUAGAAUUGUUCUAUCUUUGUCUCUUCAAAGCAUAUAAAGACAAAGAAAAAACAAGAAAGUUGUAAUAAAAGAGAAGCAUAUUCAUCAUCUUAAAUAACUUUCUUACAAUUAGUUUGCUCUUUGCAAUAUAUGUUGAAUAGAGCAAUAAAAGUGAGCUUUAUACUCAGCUGCAUGUACAUAUGAUUUGUGUCAAGACUCGAGAUGUAGAAGUUGCAGGAUAGGAAGAAGACUCAAGAUCUAACUCGAUCAGAGACAAAUGUAAUGUCAGCUUAACAUCAUUCAUGCUGCCUUUUUUGUGUUGUUUGGGUUACCUUCUCCUAGCCUUUUUGUACAUGGACGGAUCUGAAAGCAGAGACUUUUGUAACCGGUGUUUGUUCCUUGUCAAUAGAUCUCGUUCGGUUUUUGGCAAUGCUUCCCCCUGCGACAACUACUUAACAGUGGCAAUUGCCUGUACUGUAUAUAUAGGGCUUUUAAUGAAGUCAUUUUGUCCUUGUAUAACGCUUCAUGUGGCCCAUAGA